GGCGUGAAGGGAGGUCAUGCGGGGGUCAGGCAGCGAUUCUCUGAAUCGAAGAGGCGUGGCGAAGAGCUUCGUUACCUUGUUCGAUGACCACUGCGGGAUCUCGCUACGGCCACCGCGUCGUAUCUUUUGAUUGCCAGGGAUUCGUUGUGCCCUCAGUGUGAUUAUAUCACAGAGCCAAAAUCCACUUCGCAAUCCCGUCGUGGUGUAUAUAUAAUAUGGUGCCGGUAAAGGUCCCACUACUGCUAAACUCUACCCUUCAUUCCUGUCUGGCGACGACUUCCGACGUGCUCUCUCGGGAUUUUCGGUUUACGGCUAUCCGAGACUACCUGCUGUUGAUGAUGCCUAUCGAGCUCCCUGAUGAUGUCUUUCUCGUUAUUUUCCUGCACCUCCACUGGAAGGAGAUCCGACAAAUGCGACUGACAUGUCGCAAAUGCCAUCGCCUUACCAAGCAGAAGAGCUUGUGGCAGAGGCUGUUGCAGACGCAGAUUCUCGACAAUAACGUACCAGUCCCAGGUCUCCGUGGCCUCUCCCUGGAAAAUGGCACCAGUGAAGAGCUCGAGCUCCUUGUCAUCAACGCACAAGAACUCCGUCGAAAGUGGACUUCCCCGUCGCCAGUGCCGAAGAGGACCUCACACCUGCAAGCCCCAAAUUCCUCUAGGGUUAUACGACUCCACUUUCUCAAAAUCCCAGAUCGCAAAUGGUUGCUGUCCUUGUCGGCGAAGGUAGACCCUGGCCACCGUCGCUUCUGGCUCCAGCUCUGGGACCUCGCGCAAUAUCCACCGAUUUCCAUUGCGACACAGGAAAUUCAUAAUCUCAACAGCAUGGCUGUCAAUGAGGUCCACGAUGCCAGCGGCGUUGUGGCGAUACAUGCGAUGUCCAGUCCCAAGGACGAUUCAGUUUUACUGUCACUACAUCGCUACCGAUCCCCACUCCAAGAGUUCAUUUGUUUUCGGGAACCAAGAUACUAUCCAGCGAUGACCAUGAACGGCUUUAUUGGUGGGACCUGGAAAGGCCGCAAGUCGCCCUGCAGCUUAGAAAUUUAG